CGCGACGUCGCCGUGAAGAGCUAGUCAGCUGUGGCAAAGAUCAAUUUCGCUCGAUCUAUAUGUCGUUAUUUACAUUUGGCAGCGUGACGCGGAAGCCAACGACUGGAGCAGCGUGGAACACGUCGCGCAAUGGUAGACGAUCGUGCGCCCGUUAACGCGGAAAAUAGAUACCGUGCUGUGAACGCGGAUCAGGACGACGACGACGACGACGACCGGGGCGAGACGCGCGUGAAGGCCGCGACGAUGCCGUCGGAGUUGAGGUCGAUCAGCGCGGCCGACUGGGCCACAGUCGCGGUCCUCUGCUUCGUGAAUCUCAUUAAUUACAUGGACCGCUUCACGGUCGCCGGCGUACUGACGGACAUCAGGCAUGACUUUGAUAUCGGCAAUGGUAAGUCUGGGCUGCUGCAAACAGCGUUCAUUCUGAGCUAUAUGAUAUUCGCGCCGUUAUUCGGAUAUCUAGGAGAUCGUUACAACAGGAAACUUAUUAUGAGCGGUGGCGUAUUUCUAUGGUGCCUAAUGACGUUCAUUGGUUCUUAUAUGAAAACAUAUGAAUGGUUCCUAUUCUUUAGGACACUUGUUGGCAUAGGAGAGGCCAGUUACUCUACAAUUGCGCCAACAAUUAUUAGCGAUUUAUUCAUAAAAGAUGUACGCUCUAAGAUGCUCGCCCUAUUUUACUUUGCUAUUCCAGUUGGAAGUGGUUUAGGGUAUAUUACUGGAGGUGAAACAGCCCGUGUUACCAGCCACUGGCAAUGGGGAUUACGUAUUACUCCUAUAUUAGGAAUUGUAGCGAUUAUCCUGUUACUGACUGUAGUAAGAGAUCCCAUCAGGGGCGAGCGUGAAGGGGGUGCUCAUUUGACUAGCACCACAUGGUCGCACGAUGUCAAGGAGUUAUUAAAAAAUAAAAGCUUUAUGCUGUCUACUGGAGGAUUUACUUGCGUAGCGUUUGUCACUGGUGCGCUGGCGUGGUGGGCGCCAACAUAUCUACAAUUAGGUUUCCAAUUACUUCCUCAUGGAGCAAAAGUUAAUCCAGACGAUGUUGCAUAUAAGUUUGGAUUAAUUGGUAUGGCAUCUGGUCUAAUAGGUGUACCAUUAGGCUCUACUAUAGCACAAAAAUUACGAAUUCGCUGGCAGCAAGCUGACCCUCUGAUAUGUGCCGUAGGUCUUUUAAUAAGCGUUCCUUUAUUAUUCUUCGCUAUGAUUACUGCCAGUACAAAUCCUUCUCUUUGUUAUACAUUAAUAUUCUUUGGUCAGUUGUCAUUGAAUUUGAAUUGGGCUAUUGUAGCAGACAUAUUACUGUAUGUUGUAAUGCCUACGAGAAGAUCCACAGCAGAGGCAUUCCAAAUACUCAUUGCACAUGCUCUUGGAGAUGCAGGCAGCCCUUAUCUUAUUGGACUUAUAUCGGAAGGAUUAAAGUCCACGUUCUUGCCGGAUUUAGGUGUAGGAGGACGAGCUAAUAUUUAUGACAUUGAAAAGAUAACUGUCGAUUUCCGUAGCCUACAGUAUGCAAUGUUCCUUACAAUGUUUGUAGAAGUAAUUGGUGCUUUAUUCUUCUUCCUGACAGCAUUGCAUAUACAAAAGGACAAGGCAUUAGUUGACCUUGCUAUUGCGGGUGGAAGUCUUUCAGAUUCCGUAUGUAUUUGCAACGAUGCAGAUAACAGCGAAUUACAAAAUGAUGCAAAUACUAUAUUAGAAUUUCAUAGACAAGGAGAAUCGUCUGACUAAAUUUUUGUAGGAUAUUAAUAGGUUAAAUAAGCUAUGAACGUAUUACGAAUGUACAGUAUGAUUCUAUGAAACAUAAAUAUUGGUUUGAUAUUAUAUUAUAAAAAUAUAUUAGCGAUAUAGGGAUACAUGUAUUAUAUGCAAAAUGUAUUUGCAAAGAAAGUUUUGAUGUAAUUCAUAAUGAAGAAUACCUUCAGAAAGAUAGUUACCAACUGUUAAUAAUGUACAAUACGUUAAAUUUUUAAACAAUGGAACUCUUAAAAUCUGGAUGAACAUUGCAUAUAUAAAUUGUACAAUAUUUUUAAAUAUUAUAUUUUUAUAUGCAAAUUCAUGUAACGUAUUAUGAAAGCAUUACAUAAUAUUCGUAAAUUGUAUAGAUAAUCUGUACGAUAAGGUUGUAUUAGUAAAUAAUUUAGAUAGUAUAUAAGUAUUUUGAUUGAGUGUAAACAAUUUAAUUUAUCGAUUUACAUUCGUAAGUUUCAGCUGCUUUAGCAUUGAACUAAAAAUAUUAAUAAUUGUAUGAUUUUUCAAAAGACAUUUUUCAACAAUUACUAUAUGAAUAUAAUUUUUUUAUUUGUAGUAAUUAAUUAUUACUAUUAUUACUAUUAAGGUAUUAUUUAGAUAAGUCAGAGUGUAGAUACAGAUAUUUCAAUAAUCAUAAAUAGAAUAUAUCGUAUUUUUUCUCGGAACAUUAAAA